AUUAUGUCUUUUCUUCUUUUCACACAGUCUGUCUUCUUUCUGAGCUUUCCCAUCCACUUUUCUCCAGCUCCAGACAACACCAAAUUAUGAACUUGUCUCUAUGGGGAUCUCUCUUGUUCUUCUCUUUCUUCGUCAAGCAUCUGACGAGCCUAGAUCCCAACACCGACGCUUAUUAUCUCUCUAGCUUCUUCACCGCAAUGAGAUUACCCAAUUCUCCCCAAGCUCAAACAUUUUCUUCUUCAUGUUCAUGGCCAGGAGUGGUCGUCUGUGACUCUAGAGAGAAUGUGCUCCAUAUUUCGGCUUCUGGGUUGGACCUGUCUGGUUCGAUCCCCGACAACACCAUUGGCAAAAUGAGUAAGCUCCAAACUUUAGAUCUCAGUGGAAACAAGAUUACGUCUCUGCCCUCGGAUUUGUGGAGUCUCAGCUUGCUUGAGAGUCUCAAUCUCUCCUCCAACCGGAUUUCUGAGCGUCUUCCCAGCAACAUCGGCAAUUUCAUGUCGCUUCAUACCCUUGAUCUUUCUUUCAACAGCUUCUCUGGUGAAAUCCCUGCCGCUAUAAGCUCCCUUACCCGUCUAAAAACUCUCAAGCUCCACAACAAUGGUUUUCAGUCUGGAGUACCUCCAGGACUUCUCCAUUGCCAAUCUCUAGUCUCCAUCGACCUCUCAUCCAACCGGCUCAGCGGGCCUCUGCCUGUCGGUUUUGGUUCGGCUUUCCCGCAACUAAAAAGCUUGAACCUUUCAAGGAAUCUGUUUCAGGGUUCAUUGAUAGGAGUCUUGCAUGAAAACGUGGAAACAGUUGAUCUCAGUGAAAACCGAUUUGAUGAGCAUAUCUUGCAGUUAAUACCCGGCCACAAACACAACUGGUCUAGUCUGAUUCAUCUUGACUUGUCUGAUAAUAGCUUUGUCGGUCAUAUAUUCAAUGGUUUGAGUUCAGCUCAUAAGCUGGGACACCUUAACCUCGCGUCCAAUCGAUUCAGAGCACAGAAAUUCCCGCAAAUCGGCAAGCUUUCAGCGCUACAUUAUCUGAACCUAUCAAGGACCAAUCUCACUAAUAUCAUUCCGAGUGAAAUCUCGCGGCUGAGUCAGCUGAAGGUUCUUGAUCUCUCCUCCAAUAAUCUCACUGGCCAUGUGCCUUUGUUCAGCCUCAAGAACAUUGAAGUACUUGAUCUCUCGCUGAAUAAGCUAGACGGAGACAUCCCAAGGCCGCUUCUGGAGAAACUCCCCAUGAUACAAAGGUUUAACUUCUCUUACAACAAUCUAACCUUUUGCAUCCCCAACUUCUCACAAGAAACAAUACAGAGAUCAUUCAUUAACUCUACAAACAACUGCCCCUUCGCUGCAAAGCCAAUUGUUACAAAAGGAAAGAAACUCAACAAGAAGAAGACAGGGCUUAAGAUUGGUUUGGGGUUAGCAAUCUCCAUGGCGUUCUUACUUAUAGGACUACUGCUCAUACUUGUAGCCUUGAGAGUUAGAAGAAAAUCAAGAACUUGGGCAACAAAGCUAGCCGUAAACAACACAGAACCCAACUCCCCAGACCAAAAUGACUCAACCACUGAUGUCAAGCACGCAACACAGAUCCCUGUGGUAAUGAUCGACAAGCCAUUGAUGAAGAUGACGCUUGCAGACCUAAAGGCUGCGACUUUCAACUUCGACAGAGGCGCAUUGUUGUCGGAAGGCAAGUCUGGUCCUACUUAUGGAGCAGUCCUACCCAAUGGAUUCAGAGCAGCUAUAAAAGUUGUCCCAAGUGGAAGCACAUUGACUGAUACAGAAGUCUCGAUUGCUUUUGAACGUCUCGCCAGGAUCAAUCACCCAAAUCUUGUCCCACUCUGUGGAUACUGUAUAGCCACAGAGCAAAGAAUUGCGAUCUACGAGGACCUAGACAUGGUUAAUCUGCAAAGCUUACUCCAUAACAACGCAGACGAUUCUGCACCGUGGAGACUUCGGCAUAAGAUAGCUUUGGGGACAGCGAGGGCAUUAGCUUUCCUUCACCAUGGCUGCAUUCCUCCAAUGGUCCACGGAGAAGUGAAGGCUGCAACAAUCUGGUUAGACUCUAGCCAGGAGCCACGCUUAGCAGACUUUGGAUUAGUCAAACUCUUGGACGAUGAAUUUCCCAGUUCCGAAAGUUUAGACGGGUACACAUCGCCGGAACAGGAGAGAAAUGCUUCUCCGACAUUAGAAUCCGAUGUGUAUAGCUUCGGAGUUGUUUUGCUUGAGCUCGUGAGUGGGAAGAAGCCGGAGGGGGACUUGGUGAAUUGGGUUAGAGGGUUGGUGAGGCAGGGACAAGGAUUGAGAGCCAUUGAUCCGACGAUGCGAGAGUCAGUUCCAGAGGAUGCAAUCGCGGAGGCGGUGAAGAUAGGGUACUUGUGUACCGCCGAUCUGCCAUGGAAGCGACCUACGAUGCAGCAGGUGGUUGGACUUCUCAAAGACAUUUCUCCCAACUACUAAUGGGCCAGUUAGUGGGCCUUAUAUUGGGCUUAUGACACUUAACCAUCAUUAUUAACAAGGCUCCCAAAAAAAAACUCUCAAGUUUGUUGUAUGUUUAUCGUUGUUGAUUAGAAGAAAUGGAAAAACAUGAA